GGUGCCAUAGCAACGGCGGGAAUUUCCCGGUCCCGGCGGCCGGAAGCGGCCCCUGCCGAGCUCGCGGCUGUGAAAGCAAAAUCCAGUCCCUCUCCCGGGGGAGCAAAAUGGACGAAAGGCGACCCCCAGGCAGGGGCGCCAGGCGCCUCGAAAACCCCUGGAAUCCGUUCUCUUUCCGGAGCAAAGCACUGCCAGUCAGAGGGGACUGGAGGGAGCUGAAGGGGCCAGAGAUCGGCCCAGCGCUGCUCUCCGGGGGGGGGGGGGCCUCGGCGCCCGGCGCAGCCGGCCAGCGCAACGCAGCGCAGCGGGCUCCAUUCCCGGUCGCCGCCGCCGCCGCCGCUCAGCCCAUUGCGCAAACCCGGCGGGUCCUACCCGCCGCCUGGGUCGCUGCUGCUGAAACCCGGGAGGCGGGCUCGGACGCUCCGGGUGUCCACUGGGGACUAAAAUACAACGCACGGCCCCUCCGCCAAGACCCCCGCUCGGGCCACCAGGGUUCUGCCCCCAAAAGUGGGGCUGCCCCAGAAGGGGGGAGGGGGAAGGGGAGAGGCUGGCGCCCCCUCCCCCUUUUGGCUCCCGCUCUCGCUGCAGCAGCUGUUGCCAAAUGAACCCCGGAAUGGGGACGUGCAACCCACCCUCCGUCCCCAGCCACACACGUCGCGGCCAGAAAGCUGGAAAAGGGGGUAAUGGGCAGGCAGAGGAAGCUGAUGCUGGGUCCGAGGCUCUGGAAAGGCGAAAACUCACCUGCAAACAGGCAGUCCUUCUCGGCUCUGGACUUCUGGAUCACGACGUCGAUAUCCUUCUGAAUUCGCUCUUGCCUUGAACACAUCCCCAUUAAAUAAAUCCCUGGAAAAGAAGCAGCCGCUAUUUCCACCCUACCCCACCCCCCUCUCACGCUUCCAGCUUUCGUAAA